GGAGCAGUAGGUGUGAGCAAAGGUAGAGAUGUCGUCUCUUUCUCUGCUCUCUGCUCUUCUCCUUCUAUCUUCUCUCCUUCAGGCCAGUGUGGAUGAAUCUUUUAGGGACUGUUCUCAGUUCCUCUACCACCAGAGACCCCCCCGGGGCGUGCGGCUAGAGGGUCUUCACACUAUCUGUCAGCGCUAUGACGAUGAGCCACGCUACGCAACCCUGUAUGAUCCUGCCCGCCACAUACCUCUCUACUCUGCCUACACAUUCAAAGGCUCCACUGGAGAGAAGACAGACAGUCAUCCCUGGAUGUAUGAACCACAGCUCUUAAGCACAUCAGAAACAGGAAACAUGCAGCCUUUUCGUCAAACUGGAGCUGACCAACAUUUGGAGCAGACUCAGGCUGUAUUAGCUGACUAUACUGAUGCUUUAAGCUAUGAGCGUGGUCAGCUCACCCCAGAUCAGCACCAGUCCAGCCCAGCGGACAAGGCUGCCACCUACACCCUAACUAAUGUGGUGCCCAUAACCGGAGAGUUUCUCCGAAACCACUGGGAACCAUACCUGGACACCAUCCGCCAGCGCCUUAACAACUACUGCCGCGGCACGGCCUACAUAGUGACCGGAAUCACUACUGCUGGACGUGCUAUACGAAGGGGCAACAUCAACCGAGUGACCAUUCCCAAACACAUCUGGUCUGCUUAUUGCUGCCCUGACUUUGAUCCUGGUGUGCCAUAUGAUGUUCGCUAUAAGUUUCCCUCUUAUGCUGUGUAUGGCCUAAAUGAUGUUCUAGAUAACUAUGUUAAUGAGGUUUCACCAAAAAGGCUGGAAGCACUGGUUAGAAGAGAGAUGCCAGUGGAUCAAGACUUUCAGCUCUUUCACAGUAACUGUAUACCAGCGGUGUAAAUAUGCAGAUUAUAGAAACAUGUAUUCCUUGCUUCAAUAAUAGUUCAAUUAAAUACCUUCAAUUAAA